CGCCAAGAGGCGGUUUCUCUCAGCUUGCAUUUGCAGUUGCAGUCGCUGGUUCUAUCAUUCGCCACCGGUGCGUCUAUGAGCCGCUUGGAAAUGGACCACAGCGCAUCCUGGUACCAUACCCAGCGCGAUCAGCGUGCCAGCCAAGAGGCAACAUGACAGCACACAACCGGGAAAAGAUCAGCCGCCCCCUGCGGCUCUCUGCACUCUCCGGACCGGGCAAAGGUAUUCUCCGCUAUGCCGUGUUGUUGGCGGUCUGCGGGCUUUGCUACACCAACUCUCUGCGAGGGGAGUUCGUACACGACGAUGUGUGGGCAAUUACCAACAACCCGGACGUCAGACCAGGUUCCAGCUUGCGGAGCAUCUUUAGCAAUGACUUCUGGGGUAAAAGGAUGUCUGAUAACACCAGCCACAAGUCCUACAGACCACUGUGCAUUCUUACCUUUAAGUUGAAUAUUGUGCUCGGUGGUAUGUACCCAUUCUACUUCCACGUGGUGAAUGUGUGUCUCCACUGCGCCGUGACGGCCCUGCUCAUGCACACGUGCCAGUGUUGUGUGUUUGACAACAGUCGCCUGGCCUUCCUCACCGCACUCCUCUUCGCUGUGCACCCCAUCCACACAGAGGCUGUGUCUGGAAUUGUUGGAAGGGCAGACGUGUUGGCAUGCCUGUUAUUCCUCUUGACAUUUCUCUCCUAUAUUAGGAGUGUCUCAGCAUGCGCUUCAGAGGAGGCCUUCCCUCGCACCACGUCGCUCAGCUCGCUGCUCAUGAGUCUGGGCCUGGGCACGGUCGCCAUGCUGGUCAAAGAGACCGGCGUCACCGUCUUCGGCGUGUGUGUGCUCUACGACGCUCUGGCGCUGUGCCGCAAGCCUUUCCUCCUGCACCUCUCCUGUUCCCGGCUGAAGGAGCUCCUGAGUCUCUGCAGUCCUUUCAUCAAGAGGGCCUGCCUCGUCUCUCUCCAUGUGGCGUUUAUCAUGUCUGUGCGGUUGUGGCUGAUGGGAGGGUCCAUGCCUCUGUUCUCCGAACAGGACAACCCGGCCUCCUUCUCCCCGCACCUGCUCACCAGGUUCCUGACCUACUGUUACCUCCUGGCCUUCAACGCAUGGCUUCUCCUGGCUCCCAUAGUGCUUUGCUAUGAUUGGCAGGUGGGCAGCAUCCCGCUGGUGGAGACGGCGUGGGACACGCGCAACGCUGCCUCUUUGCUGCUGGCUCUGGGCUUGCUGGCUCUGUGCCUGCACUGUCUGUUAUCACUGCAAAAUGAGGUACACAGCAUCAGUACUGUUGAGACAUGGGGGUAG